AUGAUUCAUCCUUUGCAGUAUGAGGCAUAUAGUCAAUCUAUGUUAAAUGUAGAAUAUUACGACGGAGCAUCAGAGAUACGAGCGGACCAAGCAAUUACACAAAAGCUAAACAUCAAUCAGCUUAGUGACAAAUUUCAUAUUUGCAUUAAUUCUAUAUCUAUCUAUCUAUCUAUCUAUCGAUCUAUCUAUCUAUCUAUCUAUCUAUCUCUGUUCAUAUCUAUCUAUGUAUCUAUCUAUCCUUCUCUGUUCACAUUCAAUCUAUCUAUCUAUCUAUCUAUCUAUCUAUCUAUCUAUCUAUCUAUCUAUCUCAGUCUGUUCAUAUCUAUCUAUCUAUCUCAGUCUGUUCAUAUCUAUCUAUCUAUCUCAGUCUGUUCAUAUCUAUCUAUCUAUCUAUCUAUCUAUCUAUCUAUCUAUCUAUCUAUCUAUCUCAGUCUGUACAUAUCUAUCUAUCUCAGUCUGUUCAUAUCUAUCUAUCUAUCUAUCUAUCUAUCUCAGUCUGUUCAUAUCUAUCUAUCUAUCUAUCUAUCUAUCUAUCUAUCUAUCUAUCUAUCUCAGUCUGUUCAUAUCUAUCUAUCUAUCUCAGUCUGUUCAUAUCUAUCUAUCUAUGUAUCUGUUCAUAUCUAUCUAUCUAUCUAUCUAUCUGUAUCUAUCUAUCUCAGUCUACAUAUCUAUCUAUCUCUCAGUCUGUUCAUAUCUAUCUAUCUAUCUCAAUUUUAUGCAGAUUUCCAGUUUGUUGAAAGUAAAAAUAUGAGAGAAAAUAACCAAUUUUCUACAUUUCAUAAUUUUUUUAAAUUUUACAUUUUCUAUCUCUCUCCUCAUCACAUGUCUGCAUCUCUCUCUAUCUAUCUCUCUAUCUCUCUCUUUCUCUCUCUCUCUCUCUGGAAAUAUCUUUGUCUCUAUCUAUUUUUCUCUGAGAGAGCGAGAGUGCGCGAGAGUGCGCGAGAAAAAGAAUUUACUUCCUGUUUAACUCUGCCUUUGCUCUUAAUUCUUUUUAUUUGGGAUGUAAUCAUUGGCUUCGAUUUUCUUUUACUUUUUCCCGCAUAUUUCGCUUCUUUGCAUUCCUUCUGGUUUAUUUUCUUCUACACGUUUAAUUCUCCAUCUUACCUUAUUUCCUCUUUCAUUUUGUCUCUCUCUCUCUCUCUCUCUCUCAGUGUCUCACUCGUCAUUUCCUCUAUAUUGAUGUCACUCUCUUUCUUACUUUUUCUCUCUUUCCUUCUAUUUAUUCUCUCUUUUUCUUUCUUUUCUCUCUUGCCUUCCUCUAUUGGUUUUUUUCGCUUCACCUUGGCUUUCACUCUCUCUUUCUUUACGGGCUGUUGUUUUUCUCUCUCUAUUGCCUCUCACACUCUCUCUCUCGCUUUCUAUCGAUUGCUUUUCUCUCUAUUUUUCUUAUUUUCCCUCUAUCUCUCUUACUGUUGA